GAUCGAAGCUUAAAUGUCGCAAUUGAGGACAAGUACUGUGUCGAUUGAAUAUUCUCUCUCCUAUUCCCAAAAAUGGGUUGCUGUUGCGACGAAGAAGAGGAUGAUAUCCUCAAGCACCUGAACCCCACCAUUUCUACCCAAACCCUAGACUCAUCUUCCUCCUCCACCUGCGCUUCCUGCGAUGUCAUUUCUCCGAUGAACUCUCACUUCUCCGCCUUAACGAGCCGCGAUUUGCUCCGAGUCAUCUUCCACAAGCUUCCGAUUCCCGACCUAGCUCGCUCCAGCUGCGUCUGUAGAUUCUGGAACUCCGUUGCCUCCGAUAAGGAAAUCCUCGCCAGUACUUUCAAAGCCCCGUGGAAAUUGGCACAUGUGAUCGGCGUGCCCGUCUCCGGAAGCUUUUGGAGGGACAAUAAUCUUGGAAAGUUCGCGAUUUCUCAUCGGAUUGUUCGUGGCGAUAGUGUAGCUAGUCUCGCCGUUAAGUACUCUGUUCAGGUUAUGGAUAUUAAGAGAUUGAACAAUAUGAUGAGUGAACAUGGGAUUUACUCUAGAGAGAGAUUGUUGAUUCCCAUAAGUGAUCCCAAAAUUCUUGUUGGGCGCACUUGCUAUGUGGAGCUUGAUACUUAUGCGAAGAGGGAAGUAGCUGUGGUGUAUCUCGACGGUACCAGCCCGAGUGAAAAGAUUCCAUCUUUGUUGCAGAGGACGACCUCUGAGCAAGCCAAGAAAAGGGUUAUUCAUUCCUUGAAGAGGAGCAUGCAAGUUGAUGAUGGGACUGCCGAGUACUACUUUUCCAUUUCCAAUGGAGAUCCUCGAGCUGCAUUCUCUGAGUUCUCUGAGGAUCUUAGGUGGGAAAGGGACGUGGGUUUGAGCUGAAACUUGAGCUUGGUUGAAGAUGGAGCCUUGAGAAAUGGUUAAACCAUUCACACUCGAAACUGCAAAUGCUUUUGUUUGGUUCGAAGCAGUCAAGUUGUGAAUUUGCUACACACUAUGAAUCAUCCAUUUAUGAUUGUUGUCAAAUGUGAUUAUGUUGGAAGUAUUUGUAAAUUAAAUAAAAAAAAAACUUGGACUGUGUAAUCGAUAUUUCUAUUUAAUGAAUUAAAGACAGUAUUUCGUUUGAGAA